AUGCUAGCAUUCUUCACUGUUUUCGAAUAUUUAUCAAAUGUUCGUCGUUUAUUAAAUCGAUUUCAUACUUUUUACAGUUCAUCAACAUCUUCAACAGAAACAUCACUACCACCAUCAACAACAACAACAAAACGAUUUGAUGAACAAGUCUCAAUAGAUCGUAUUUCUACAUCCAAUGAACAACAACAUGAUAUUCUUCUUGGACCUGUUGUUAAUAAUAUUCUAUCAGAUAAUCGUUUAAAUUAUUUUGAUAAAAAAUUUCGUGAAGAUCUUCAAAAUGAAGAUUAUUUUGCUCGUGAACUUGAUGCAUGUUUACUUGAAAUGCGUGAUAUUGAACGUGAUUUAUUAAAUUUAAAACAACGACAAUGUUAUUUUUAUGAACAAUAUUUAGAUUUUAUUGAUAAAAAGAAUGAACUUAUCGAUCAAUUUAUUGAAUAUUAUGAUGAAUAUAUAUUAGAUAAUUCUGAUCAAUCAUCAUCUUCAACAUCAAAACAUUUACGACGACAAUCAAUUAAAUAUGAAUUUAAUAUACCUGUAUCAAAUCGUUUUGAUUUAUUAAAAUCAUAA